AUGCAAAGAGACCAAGAGAGUUUGUACAAGUAUUGGUCUCGGUUCAAAAGGUUAUUGGAAUCUUGUCCAUACCAUGGAAUGAACACUCACUUGCUCAUAAGCUACUUCACCGGAGGUCUUUGUGUGGAAGAUAGAAGAUUGCUCACCGCUUCUAGUGGUGGUUCCCUUUCGAAAAACAAGACGGAGGGAGAAGCUUGGAAUUUGAUAAAGGAUGUUGCCGAAGCUACACAACAUACAAGGGAUCAAAAGGAAUUCUACUCCAUCCAAGCCAUUGAAGCUCUACCUCCAGUUGCUCAACUUGAAGGCCCUCCUAGGAUUUAUGGUUUGUACUCUAGCACUACACAUUACAUCGAUCAAUGCCAUCAAAUUCAAGAGGAACAUGCCCUUGUAGUGGCCAACGUGAAUUACAACAACCGUCCAUCCUAUCCUUCUCAAGGCCAAAAUAACUACCCUCAUGGUAGUAAUCAGCAUCAAGGGUGGAUGGAUAAUGCACAAGGAACCAAUCAAAACCAAAAAUGGAAUAACUCUUCUUCUCAUCACAAUAACAACCAAUCUUCAUCUCAAUACCACCAUAACAACACCAACUACCAAGCCAACCAAAAUCACUCCAACCAAAACAAAAACAACUACACCAAGUACCAAGAACCACACCAUAGAAAACAAUCCAACCACACCUCUCCGUCUCCCACCAAUCAAGUUGACGAGCUUAGAGCCGCUAUGGAGAAACAAGAUAAGAGCAACAAGGCUGAAUUUGAUGCCUUGGGUGCUCAAUUGGCUAAACUCACCAACAUGUUUUCGAAGAUGGUCAUGUUAAACCAACCCCCCACCUCCAACAACAACACCAACCAACCCUCAAGUUCUUCUAACCUUCCAUCCCAACCCCAACCAAACCCAAAGGGCGGUCUCAAUGCCAUCACUCUACGGUCAGGAACUACAUUGGAGGAGAUACCUCCAAGGGUCUUGGAGGACAUUCAUGAGGAAGAGGUGGUUGUUGAAGCUCCACAUGAAGAGGGGAAGGUAGACAAAAGGCAUGAGGAAGAAAGAGUAAACCUCAAGGAACCUAAGAGGAAAGCUCUAGUGGAUGAGUUAAUCCCUAUUCCAUUCCCUUCCAUGGUGAAGAAAGCAAAGAAGACACUGGAAUUUGAUUUGAACAUGCUUCAAAUGUUCAAGAAGGUUGAGCAUUAUGCCACUUUCUACCUUUGUGCGGUUGAAUUAGCUCCAUUAAAGAAGUCGGCAGCGAGGUUUGCCUUAGCCGAUAAAAGUGUGAUCACGGUAACAGGAAUAGCCAAAGAUGUACUUGUGGCGAUCAAGGAUUUGGUUUUUCCGGUUGACUUUUACAUCCUUGAAAUGCCUCCAACAGAAAAUAGAAGCUCAUCCUUCGUUCUACUUGGUAGACCCUUCCUUAAGACCUCUAAAUUCAAGUUAGAUGCCUUCACCAGCACAUAUUCCUUUGAGGUUGGAGACAAGACUAUCAAGUUCAAUUUAGAAGAAGCCAUGAAGCAUCCUCCCGAAGAGCAUUUUGUUCUCUGA